AUGCUGGUCGCGUAUCGCAUAGAGAAGGAAAAGAAAGUGUUCGACAUAGGAACGGUGGCUAUGGUUGAGCAGGUCGUGUGCUGGAGCUACAACAACUUUGUACAAUACACCAUCCAUUUGGUGGGGGUGUCGAGAGCGAAAAUCGAAAAAUUCGCUAUCCCGAUCAGCACGGUUCAACAGCUAUACGCCAUCGAAGGUGAGAAACUUCCUCCAGAUCUGGCAGGA